AUGAUGGAGGAGGUAACAACCCGGCCGAAUCUCGAGUACAUCGCCCCUCUCUCAACCAAAGUGAUGCCGAGGACCGGAUCGACUACUUUUACACAAAUCACUAGCGAUGAUUCUAAACUUAGAGUGAACGGAUUCUCUGAUAGCCGUGCUAACAUGGACUCUCUAAGUUCGAUGCACUCGCUUGUCCUUGAUUCUAAGGCACCAUCAGCAACGGUAUUUGUUGCGGCGACCCAGUCAGAUCGACCUGAGAGCACGCCUUGCACAGACGCACUAACCGCAAACGGCCCGCACGUUGUUACAAUCAGAAUAAACACAGACACAGAUAAGCCAAAAGCACCAAAAAUAUCAAGUGUUCAUCUCAAAAGUGAGGUCGACUUUGAUACUUUCAAGAUCAGCGAUGCAAACAAGAAAAACAACAGUCUUGUCCGGCUCAACGUAGAGGAAAGCCGCCCGAAAAUACUCGAAGCGGAAGAGUUCUCCAAGGUCGAUAAAGCGCCGUAUAUUUACUGUAACUCGUACGUGAAUCCGAUGACCAACAUGAUAAUGUCAAGCGGCCAGUGCUCACCGAGCGACACGUUAGAUUCAGGUACGUGCAGCGACCUUGACGGAACGCCGCCCCCUCUACCUAAAAAGAAAUUGUCGAAAUCUACCAAGAAAUCUGUAUCUGUUACAGUCAUUAGCUCUAUAAGAAAUCAGGGUGAAUUAGAUUUUGAAGAUAACGACUCCAACAUAUCGUGUGACUCAUUAAACAGCAGCGAAUUGAAUGGGAGCGUGCAUGCCGACGAAAGUCACAGCGAAGACGCGAGCAAAAAAGAAAAGAAACAAUCGCCUGAGCCUUUGCAAACGUUCGCUAAAGUAAACAAUAAAGAUAGCUUUCUACCGCAGGGUUUGUUGCAAGAUAUUAGAGACCGCACAGCGAAACUAACGACUGUCGACAUUGAAAGUGAUUCGUCAGACGAACGUCAAAGGGAAGUUAGCCAGAAUAUUAAUGAGAAUGUUAAUAUUCCAAAAGAAAGUGUGCAGUUGACGUCAUUCCUAUUGGUUUCCCAGUACAACAACGAGUUGAAAAAGAACUGUUCUGAGUCCCCGGAGAGCGAGAGACAGAGCCCUAAAUCACCAAUUAUAACGGAAACUACGUAUGAGGAGAGAAAAAACUUGGAAAAAAUGAAGGAUGAUCAAAUUUGUUAUAGUAGCCAUUAUUUUGAUACGGAUAAGUUUUAUGAUUUUCAUCUGAAUGAAAAACAAUUCGAUGACGUUUCAGUGAAAAGUGUUAGUGUUAAAAGUGAGUGCCCCGAGUCUGAGAUGGAAUAUUUUGCCGGAAUAAAGGACUUUAAGAGUGAAGAGGCGCCCUCCACAAUAAGAAGUUCAAAGGGAACAAUUCGUGGCGUGAAAAAUCGCGUCCGCGCCGGUAUUGCGACAUUCCUUCAAAUGCAAACCACUACUAAGAGUUACAAAGAAAAAGAUGCCGGAAAAGUGGUUCUGUACACCACAACUAUGGGAAUCGUGAGGAGCACGUACCAACGAUGUGUGCUGGUGAAAAAGAUCUUGAGAAACCUCAUGAUCAAGUUUGAAGAACGGGACGUCUUUAUGAGCGUGGAGUACCAGGACGAGAUCAUGGAUCGGAUGAAGAGUGACCAGAUUCUAGUGCCACAGCUGUUCGUUGAUGGAUAUCAUAUUGGGGUGAGUUUAAUUGUUUACACGCUAGAUGGCAGUCUAACUAUAUAA